GAAAAACAGGGUUGAUGAAACCUACCGUUUUAGGAGGAGAAGAGACGGAAGGCGGUAAUUGCAGAGACGGAGAGAGAUUGCAGAGAGGGAGGGGGAGAGAGAUUGCAGAGAGGGAGAGAGAGCUUGGGAUGGAGAGACGAAACCUUCAAUUCCCUUUUUAUGGAAGCUUAUCAAUGGUGGUUGUUGGUGUGGUAAAUGGCGGUUGUUGGUGCGGUAAUAAUGGAGCUCUGAUGCGGUAAUAGUGUUGUAGGAUGUGGAUUGGCUGAACUGCUGCAAGGCUUGCUGGAGUUCCUUCAGUGGCUGGUGCUUCUUCUUCAUUGGCUGGAGCUUCAUGGCUAUAAUGGUGGUUGGUGGGUUGGUGCGUUUCUCCCUCUUCCCCUCUUUUUAAAAAUCCGACCGUUGAGCCUGUAAGUGACUUACAGGGAAGUGACUUCGCACCCCAUCUCCCUGCAGUUUUUUGGUAGUUUUGCCUGUAAGUUACUUACAGGUGAUUUUUCUCCCCCAAACACCACCUGUAAGUGACUUCCCUGUAAGUCACUUCCCACUUACCCAACUUACAGGCAUCUAAACAGGCCCCAAGGAAAAAGACGAAACUGACGUCAACAACCCCUUACAAUUUCCUCCUUUCUAACCAUUCCCCGCCACCUCCCCUCAUAAAUUCAUCCAAAAUAUCAGCAAAAAUCCGAAGAUUACAUGAUUUCAAAGCUACCCCCCAACCGUCCUUCUCAUCUUACCCUCAAAUUCUUGAAACUUUAUGUGAAUUCUGGUGAUCUGCAACGCGCACAGCACCUGUUCGAUCAAAUUCCUGAACCUGACCUCCGUACGCAGACCAUCUUGAUCACUGCCUACACCAAGUGGGGCUUCCCGAAGGAAUCCCUUAAACUCUACCGUGAAUUGCGAAACAAGAAAAUCAAACCCGAUAGGUUGGUUCUGUUGUCAGCUGCAAAGGCAUGCACGGCUUCAUCAGAUCUUAUCAAAGCGAAAGAGAUUCACGAAGAUGCAGUUAGAUUUGGGUUUGGCUCAGACCUUGUUUUGGGAAAUGCAUUGAUUGAUAUGUUUGGGAAAUGCAACUCCAUUCAAGCUGCGGGGAAAGUUUUUGAUGAUCUGCCUGUUAAAGACGUGGUUUCUUGGACUUCGAUGGCUGUUGGUUAUUGGAAUUGUGGGCUUCCAAGAGAAGCUCUAUGGGUUCUCCGUGAAAUGGGACUGAAUGGAGUGAGACCGAAUUCAAUUACAGUGUCAUCCAUUCUGCCUGCUUGUUCGCAUUUGAAAGCUUUGAAUGCAGGGAGAGAGAUUCAUGGGUUUGUGGUGAGGAAUGGGAUGGGAGAUAAUGUGUUUGUGAAUAGCGGGCUUGUGGAUAUGUAUGCUAAAUGCUUAAGCACGUGGCAAGCGCGGAAUGUUUUUGAUAACAUGCCUCAGAGGGAUGUCGUCGCAUGGAACGUGAUUCUAACCACAUAUUUCUCGAACGGGGACUGGAAUGAAGCUUGCAAGCUCUUUGAUCAGAUGAAAAUAGAAGGGGCUAAGGUGAAUUCUGCUUCAUGGAAUGCUAUGAUCACUGGGUGCACGCAGAAUGGACUGAAUGAGCAAGCAUUUGAAUUGCUUGCCCGAAUGCAAGAUUCUGGGUUCAAGCCUAACCAAUUCACUAUCGCCAGUGUCAUGCCUGCUUGCACCAGUUUGGAAAGCCUAAGAGGGGGCAAGGAAAUUCAUGGGUAUAGCUUUAGGCAUUGUUUUAUGGAGGAUGUAGUCAUUGCAACGGCUUUGGUCUUCAUGUAUGCUAAAUGUGGGGACCUGGGGAUUUCUCGAAGAACUUUUGAUAGAAUGCCUAGAAAAGAUACAGUAGCUUGGAACACCAUGAUCUUGGCAAAUUCGAUGCAUGGACAUGGUGUCAAGGCUCUGUCACUUUUUCGUGGAAUGAUAGGUUCAGACAUUAGGCCUAAUUCUGUCACCUUCACGGGUGUUCUUUCUGGUUGUAGUCACUCACGGCUUGUUGAUGAAGGUCACGCUAUCUUUAAUUCGAUGAGCAGGGACCAUGGGGUUGAACCUAAUGAAGAUCACUGCUCUUGCAUGGUUGAUGUGUUUAGCCGGGCAGGCCGCCUCGAAGAGGCAUAUGGAUUUAUCCAAAAGAUGCCACUCGAACCUACUGCUGGAGCUUGGGGAGCUUUGCUCGGUGCCUGUAGAGUAUAUAAGAACGUCGAGCUAGGAGCAAUUGCAGCAAAACGUCUGUUUGAUAUUGAGCCAGACAACCCAGGGAACUACAUACUGUUAUCGAACAUUUUUGUGGCGGCCAAAUUACCGGAUGAUGCGUCAAUGGUUAGGAAAUUGAUGAGAGACCGAGGCAUUAUGAAAAUGCCUGGGUGCAGUUGGAUUCAAGUAAAGGAUAAAGUAUACACUUUCACCGCAGGCGAUAAGAGAAGUGCCCAGAGCGAUGAAAUCUAUGGUUUUCUUGAUGAGUUGGGUGAGAAGAUGAGACUCAUGGGUUAUGUGCCCAACACUGGUUUUGCUUUGCAGGAUGUAGAUGAAGAGGAGAAAGAAGAGGGUUUGAUUAGCCACAGUGAGAGACUUGCGGUUGCUUUUGGAAUCCUUAACUCGAAUGGGGGAUUGACAAUUCGGGUAUUCAAGAACUUAAGGAUAUGCGGAGAUUGCCAUAAUGCUAUCAAGUUCAUUGCCAAGAUUGUCGGGAUGCAGAUCAUCGUGAGGGACACUAUGAGAUUUCACCAUUUCAGAGAUGGGUCUUGUUCCUGUCAUGACUUUUGGUAACACGUAGAUCUGAUUGUGGGGAUUGACUGAUUUGCCAACGAUAUAACGUUCAUGAAAAAGAUCUUUGCCACAAGUUAAUCACGAUAGAUUCUACAUGUUUUUUCCAUUUUAGAGACAGGCGUU